GAAGUUUGCGGCUAACUAGCUAACUUGCUUCCUUAUUGUUUUAUUUAAUUUAACGUUUUAUAUUGCAUGUUUACUAGAAAUAUAAUUUUUAUUUGGCGAUCCCCAAGAGGGUUGAAGCGUGGCGCGGGCCUUAAUGCCAAUCAGUGUCAAACAUGCUUCAUUAUUUAGCAUCGAAAUAAUUAGAAGAAACCGAUUAGCGUGGCGACCUCGAACUCUAAAUAACGUUAAAUAUGUGUUUUUUCACGGCGUUUUUAAAAGCCUCAUAUGCAUAAUUUGUUGUGGGGCAGGCAGCUUUGCAACAUGUGAACUUUGAAUUCGCGGCUUUUCACACGAAGUGAAAAUUAUAACGUAAAAAUGAGCUGUGCAGUCAUGUCGUCCGUAUGUUUUACAAAAUACUAAUUAUUAAUGCUUUUAAAUAACUGUAGAGACGCAUUUUACACGCAAUUAAAUGUCCACGCAACUGAAAGACUUUCAAAACUUCAAGGGAGACAUGGGAAAUGUCAAAACUCUUCGUGCUUAACCAGACACGUUUGUAAAGUUGAUCAUUUCUGUAAUGUGAAAUGUGCUGUGUUCACAGUGAUGGCAGAGGAGAGGCAAGGCGAGGAUGUGGUGUCCGAGUUUCUGGGACAGAACCCUCACCUGGCCAGCUGGGUAGAGACCCUCCGGAGCCAGUGUGAGACCAACAAGCAGUGGCGAGCCCGACGGCAGUUUAUCCUGAGAAAUAUGGAGGCCUUCCCCACUGUCCAGCCUGGUGUUGCUAGUCCCAGUCUUGAUAGACUCCUGUCACUUUCCAUGGUCUGGGCUAACCACAUAUUUCUCGGGUGCAUUUAUUCUCAAACCAUAAUGAAGAAGAUUACGGAGAUGGCUGAGGGGAUUGUGGUCCGGGAUGUUCCCGUCCAGAAAACCAGGGAUGAAAUAAUGGGGAAAGGGAAGAGACCUGCGAUGUGCGAGAUCGAGGCAGAGAGUUCGGCGAAAAAGCCCAAGCCAGCAGCUAAUGAAAUCGAGAGCAGGGCUGGUGGGAGAGCCGGUGCUCGACCAGGAGCUGCGGCUGGGGCCAAACCCGGUCUUCCUCCGCAGGCACCCACAGAGCACCAGCCUUUCUUCAAUCGCCUCUACAAGGCCGUGGCGUGGAAGCUGGUGUCAGUCGGUGGGUUUGGACCCAACCUGGACCACUUUGAGAUCUUGCGCGCCUGCGUGGAGUCGUCCAAGGCCAACCUGAGCUGCGUCUUCGUGCCGCUGAAGGACAUUCCCGACUUGCCGGUGAGCCGCACGCAGAAGGAGGGCCAGGUCUGCGAGCUGAGGUGCCAGACCGUCUACAUGGGUACUGGCUACGGCCGUGACGAGAGCAGCGCCCGGGCCAUGGCCUCCAAGGAGGCCUUGAAGGUCUUCCAGGGCCGAAAGGUGAUGGUGAAAAUCUGCCGCCGAAGGUUUCGGGGUCGGGACGUCGAAGACUUGGUGCUGUUGGACGAACAGCCACGGAACUCGGGUUUCCCCCCGGCGUUGGACUACCCCUUCCAGUCAGAGCAGCCCGUGGGGACUCUCUCUUAGCAAAGGCUUCCUUUGUGAAGCUCUCUUGUUCUUACCCAUAUGUGGAAGACAUGAUGGAACGAUGGACUGUAGCCGCGAUACAUUCAGCAAAUGAAGGAGCCGCAAGGACUGUUGUGAAGAUCAUUCUUAUUAUCAUACAGGGUUGCUUUAGGGGUGAUUAAUUUCUCAGUUCUUAGGUUCAGCAUAAAAAAAAACAAAAAAAAAAAAAACAUUUGCUUUGUUGUAACCAGCUCAGCAGUGGCAGGUGAGUUUCCAGUUAGUGGUAAAUGUAGAUGUUUAUGUUAAGUUUUUCAAGCACCCGUUAAUUUCUCGACUGCAGCUUUUCAGGCCUACUUUGCAUUAAGGACUUUGUUGCUGGAAGGUCUGCAGAAAUCCUCCCUCGCCUGUAGCCUUCUGAUGUCAAGACCUGCUGUAACUGCUGCUCUGUUCUUCAGAAGCCAUGUGCACAAAGUACCGAUGGGAGUUGCGAGGCUUCUGAACCCCCCCAGAGGGCGGGAUUACCAUCUCGUUUCAUUUUCCCAUUGGUUCAUUGGUCCCCCCCCCCCCCAAUGGGCAGUGAUGGACAGGACACCCAAAUCGCUGGGUUUUCAGACCUCCUAUAUUGUGUAUCACUUGCCACACAUACGGUUGAAGAAUUACAAGGUCAUGUGUAAGAACUGGCUGCUACUCAGAAAGAAAAGUGUGCACAUCUAUUUUACAUUCCAGCGGUGAAUGUGCACUAGCAGCAACUUCGAAUAAUGUAAUGAGUAUUAACAGCCGGUAGCUGUUAAGGCCACAGUACCGACAUUUAAAUCUGAAUUCAGGGGAUUGAACCCGUUGGGGAGAAAGUGUAAGCUUAUGCAGCUCUGGUGUCAGACGUUAAUUAAAUUUUUGGUUUUGGGGAAUAGCAUAUUAUUUUUUUUACAGCUUAUUUGAAGAGACUGAUUCCGGCCUCAGCAAUUAUAGUGGAUGUUUUCUCCCCAUUUUGAUGGAAAAAUUUUGAGCCAAAUGUCUAUUUCAAAGUUGACUUUUAGAUGGGCAGAGAGAAUUCUGAUUUCCUGUCUUUUUACGGAACGUGACUUUCAUUUGUCGCAGGUCAUGAGUCAUGCUACAGUCACCAUGUUAACAGUGACUGAGGGCACUUUGGCGAGAUUGGUUUUAGUCGGGGUCAGAAGGUCGCGUCUUAGAAAGCUGGGUGAUCGCAUCUAAGUAAUUGAUAUGCUUUUUGAAGGUCACUUUUUUUUUUUUGCGUGAAGGACUAGAAAGAUCCAAAUAAAAGAGAAUAAAGGAAAA